AUGGCUGAGAAACACAAACUAUCUCCUUCAGAUGGUUCACCGUCUACGAAACGUAUACGACAAGCUAUCGCUAUAGAGGACGAGGAUAUCGAAGAGCCGUCAUCUUCAAGGCUGCAAUAUCAACAACCACGCAGUGAUCCUGUGUUCGGUCAAAGACAUGCCUUCCCAGGCCUAGACGACGGGCCACAAGGUGGAGAGCUUUUCUACGGCCCAGCAGAUGAUGGCAUCGAGUAUUUGCGGAUGGUCAGGUUAGUCCGAUUUUCCCUUAAUCCUCAUAUUUUUUUACCUCUAUCUCUAUCCGAAGCCAGAAAUCUACCCGUUUUCUUUGUCGCGAAGGAGAAACUAGACUCUCGGAUAGGUACGAAUGAUAGGCCUACAAAUGAAGACGAGGCUUCCCUUGAAAAGACACAAGGGAUGGAGCAAAAAUGGGUCUAUUCGGACGGCGUGUGUGCGGCUGUAUCAAAUACAGCCUGUGACAACUCUGUGCAAGCUGGAGAUCAGGAAACCGAAGAUCCACAGGAGCAGUAUUACAACCUCCUCCGACAUCGAUUCCUUCUCCUACGUUCUACCUUGAAAUGCGUUCCUCCAGCCAAACUCAUCGCAGCUUUAGAUUCGUCUCAUCCGAUUUCUUUGCCGGCCGAUAAUCCGCGAGCGCGCUCAGAAUGGACAACACUCGUGAAGAGUGUCGAGCCUCAAAUGGUACAACUAGCUUGUAUGGAUCUCGAUAGUGUUCUACGGGUUUUAAGGAUUGUUACCAGGUCGUUGUCUGAAGCAGCAAAAAGCCUAAACUGUACGUGGACAUCAAGAAUUGCUGCAUGGGCGUGGGGCCUUCUCGGACGGUGUAGGGAUGUUGGAGAGAUGAGCAGUGAAGAGGUUGGGGAGUUGAGGGACUUGGGAAAGCGAGCUGCAAAAAUCCUUGUUAAAAUCCGUGAAAGGGGAUCACAAGCUACUCCUUCGAUUGGCGUGGAGGGUAGUCCCAAGGCUGAUACGCAAAGCUCUGACUGGGAUGAUGGACAUGAAGCAGAAGAGACGCAGGAGGCAGCUGAGGGGUACAAUGCUGCCCAAGGAGAAGAGGAUGGUUUUGCAAGAGAUGAAGCUAUAGGUGUGCUGGUCAGCGGUGAUGGCGAAAGAGGAGCACUGGAGCUUGCAAAGAAGCGGCUUCAAGGAAUGCUAGACAGCAACCAUACCGAAUAUUCCUAUCCAGAGCAUAACGAUGCCCUAGCUUCCCAUGAAACUAACAAGGAUAAGGUGCAACAGCUGCAGGAAAUUGAAAGAAAACAUGACGCCCGCGCCAUGCUGGACAUGAUUUUAACUGUUGUUGGAGAAUUUUAUGGACAGAGGGAUCUUCUCGAAUUCCCUAAGAAGCAUAGAUAUGUUAAACACUGCCGUGUGAUCGUAUCAUUUCCAAAGUUUCUUCUUCUUUUCUUAUUUCUAUCAAAAUCUUCCAAAGUUAUAUCAAAGCCUCGCCCCUGUCGCUCAUUGUAUCACGUGAACCGGACGUCAUCAGCGCUUGUUUUGAUAUUUAAACGGCGGAUUUUAUCCAAAGGAAAAAAAAGAGCUUCAACUUUGUUCAACUGCUUCGGAUGGUCAACCCGCAAUAUUCAGCCCUUUAUCCAUAACCAGAACUGUUUUACCAUGGCUUCGAGCGCGGAGAUAUCUAUUCCUUCGACAACUGUCUCCUCCACUCCAAAUGUUUACACCAUAUACAAUAUUUCAAUCCGACUACCUCUCCGAUCUCUGACAGUCGAAAAACGGUAUUCAGAUUUCCGAAAAUUCCAUGACCAGCUUGUAAGCCAGGUAGAGAAGCCUCCUCCGGCGCCGUUGCCUAAGAAAUCCUGGUUCUCCGGGACGACGUCGAAUGCAAAGUUCCUAGAGGAGCGCCGCAAGGGUUUAGAGGAAUACAUACAAGCUAUCAACAGUUCAGAAGACCCCAGGUGGCGUAACUCCACAGCAUGGCGUACAUUUUUAAAUCUGCCUCCCAAUAACGCUUCCACAAGGGCUUUCAACUUGCACUCGGCUAUUACUGGGCCUGGAGCUGGAGCCCCGAUUACAGACCCCACGACUUGGCUGGACUGUCAUCGAGACGUCAAGUCACAUCUACAUGAUGCAAGGCUACACCUGACUCGCCGAGAUCAAGCUUCAACUCCCCAGAAACAGCAUGAAUGUUCUGCAUCAGCCAAAAGUAGUCUCGUGAGAACUGGCACUUUAUUGGGAGCCUUGGAAGAAGGGCUGAAAAAUAUAUCAGGAAAUUCUUCCUGGACCGGCUCAAGACUUGGGGAAGGAGAACUUCGACGGCGCAAAGAUCUGCUCACUAGCGCUAGAAAGGAGAAAGACGCUUUGGAAGACCUGCUGAAUUCCAUGGCAGCCAAGAAUAAGUCAGACUCUGCCGCGGCUUCUAUACAAGAUAAACAGGCUCUUUUAGGCAUAGACGCAGCUACUGGGAAUAAGAAACCUGCGAUUAAGGGUGGCCGUAUUCUAGGGAAAGAGACUAAUCGCACGAGGGAGCUGGAUAAUGAGGGCGUCCUGCAACUACAGAGACAGAUCAUAAAAGAUCAAGAUUCUGGAGUUGAUGAAAUCAGAAAGAUCAUUGCACGGCAAAAAGACCUUGGCAUCGCUAUCAAUAAUGAGCUUGAGCUCCAACUCGAACUCCUGAAUGUAGUUGAUGAAGAUGCCGGAAAGUUAGUAUUGCCCAUGUCUAGCACACCUCUCCUCUGUGUAUAA